AUGAACACCCAAACAACGCCCAUCGCUCUUCGACGGCGAGCUUGCUCGUCUGUCGCUCGUCGAGUCCGCUUUGACUUGCCAGAUCCAGAGGAAGAGGUCCAGACUGCCAGCGACAACCUGAAGAAAGAGCCGCAGGUCUCAGGCAUCACCAUCCAUCCAUCAUCAAUCGUUCAUAUCUCUACUCACCAUCGACGAGUGAGAUUCGAUGACCCUCCCAAGCCGGUACACCUCAAGAAGGUCGAUGACGUGUUGGCGAGAGCGAUUGAAUCGAAGCGCGAAGGCGAGCUAGUCUUCAAGAUGGUUUACGACCCCGACCCUAUCGAAGACGAUGAUGACGAUUUGGACGAUGGUGACGAUUGGACGGCCUACGAAAUCGACCGCCUGGAUUCUGGUCUUUCUGGUCUUCACCGUCGGCUGAUUCGCGGUUGGGUUGGUAUCUUCCAGGGGACUUUCAGAAAAUUUGCGGCCUUUGCUUCCUGUAAAGACAUCACCGUCUAA